AUGAACAUCAGACCCUUUUUGGCGUAUUCUUUCCUUCCACACAUGAAAAAUUUCAUCUUUUUCGCUUCAUCGACACUUUUCGGUUAUUUUGACACAAGUGUUGCGCUGUACCUGCUGCAGGCAGUUUCCAGAUCGAGACAUUUCUGUUUUGGAAUUGGCUUAUGCGCAGCACAGUUUGCGCCAAAUCACGCUCGAUUGGGAAAUCUGGAGCACACGCUCGCUUUCUCCGGCUACGCUGGUGCCGAUCUCAGAAAAGGCAAGCCUGUCUUUGACAAAAGCCAAAAGCUCACCAAGAGCUCUAUGAACUUGGCUCUCGUGGACAAUGAUAGAGUGUAA